GCCAGCCAAUGGUGCGGUCUCUAAAUUGUGCGGCCAAAGCUGCGUCUGCCGGGUUCAUUUCGCCGCUUCUCCACCCGGCUGGUCUUUUUUGGAUCUAACCGCAAUGGCGGAACAGCAGCAGUUCUACCUCUUGCUGGGGAACCUUAUGAACGCUGACAACAAUGUCAGGAAACAGGCAGAGGAAACUUAUGACAAUAUCCCAGGCCAGAACAAAAUCACAUUCCUGCUGCAGGCCAUCAGAGAUGCAUCAGCUGCAGAGGAGGUCAGGCAGAUGGCGGCGGUGCUGCUGCGGCGGCUGCUGUCGUCUUCCUUUGAGGAAAUCUAUCCAGGUUUGACGCUGGCGAUGCAGACGGCCAUCAAGACGGAGCUGCUGUCCAGCAUCCAGCAGGAGGCGUCGCCAAACAUUCGCAAGAAGGUCUGCGACAUCGCAGCUGAGCUCUGCCGCAACCUCAUUGAUGAUGAUGGGAAUAACCAGUGGCCAGAAGUACUGAAGUUCCUCUUCGACUCUGUGAACUCGGAUAACGUUGGUCUGCGAGAAGCCGCCCUUCACAUAUUCUGGAACUUCCCAGGAAUCUUUGGCAACCAGCAGCAGCACUACCUGGAAGUUAUCAAGCGCAUGCUUGUUCAGUGCAUGCAGGACCAAGCAAACCCACAUAUUCGCACCCUGGCAGCUCGGGCAGCGGCAUCGUUUGUUCUGUCCAACGAAGGCAACACAGCUCUGCUGAAGCAUUUUGCCGACUUGUUGCCUGGAAUCCUGCAGGCGGUGAACGAGUCAUGUUACCAAGGAGACGACUCUGUGCUGAAGUCUUUGGUGGAGAUCGCAGAUACGGCCCCCAAGUACCUGAGACCCAACCUGGAGGCGACGCUGCAGCUCUGCCUGAAGCUGUGUGCCGACACAAACCUGACCAACAUGCAGAGGCAGUUGGCCUUGGAGGUUAUCGUCACGCUAUCGGAGACGGCGGCGGCCAUGCUGAGGAAACACACGGCUAUCGUAGCGCAGAGCGUUCCCCAGAUGCUGACCAUGAUGGUGGACCUCGAAGAUGACGAUGAGUGGGCCAUGGCUGACGAACUAGAGGAUGAUGACUUUGACAGCAACGCUGUGGCUGGGGAGAGCGCCCUUGACAGAAUUGCCUGCGGUUUGGGAGGGAAGAUCAUUUUGCCCAUGAUCAAGCAGCACAUCAUGCAGAUGCUGCAGAACCCUGACUGGAAGUACCGUCAUGCUGGGUUGAUGGCUCUGUCUGCGAUCGGUGAAGGUUGCCACCAGCAGAUGGAGGCCAUUCUCCAAGAGAUAGUCAGCUUCGUCCUCCUCUUCUGCUCUGAUCCACACCCAAGAGUCCGCUACGCUGCCUGCAACGCCAUUGGACAGAUGGCCACAGACUUUGCUCCAACCUUUCAAAAGAAGUUCCACGAUAAGGUUAUCUCAGCUCUGCUGCAGACGAUGGAGGAUCAGAGUAACCCUCGGGUCCAGGCGCACGCCGCCGCUGCGCUCAUCAACUUCACAGAGGACUGUCCCAAAUCCCUGCUGAUUCCAUACCUGGACAGCUUGGUGCAGCACCUUCACGUCAUCAUGGUGGCCAAGCUGCAGGAGCUGAUCCAGAAAGGAACCAAGCUGGUCCUGGAGCAGGUGGUGACGUCCAUCGCCUCGGUGGCCGACACGGCCGAGGAAAAGUUUGUGCCGUACUAUGACCUCUUCAUGCCCUCGCUCAAGCACAUUGUGGAGAACGCCGUGCAGAAAGAGCUGCGGCUGCUGCGGGGGAAGACGAUAGAGUGCAUCAGUCUGAUCGGUCUGGCUGUUGGCAAGGACAAGUUCAUGCCGGACGCCUCUGCAGUGAUGCAGCUGCUCCUUAAAACCCAGACGGACUUUAACGACCUGGAAGACGACGAUCCUCAGAUUUCCUACAUGAUAUCAGCCUGGGCCAGGAUGUGCAAGAUCCUGGGGAAGGAGUUUCAGCAGUACCUCCCUGUGGUGAUGGGGCCCUUAAUGAAAACCGCCUCCAUCAAACCCGAAGUGGCUCUCCUCGACACUCAGGACAUGGAGAACAUAUCUGAGGAGGAGGGAUGGGAGUUUGUGAACCUGGGAGACCAGCAGAGUUUUGGAAUAAAGACAGCCGGCCUGGAGGAGAAGGCCACUGCCUGCCAGAUGCUGGUGUGUUAUGCCAAAGAGCUGAAGGAGGGUUUUGUGGAGUACACAGAGCAGGUGGUGAAGCUCAUGGUUCCUCUGCUCAAGUUUUACUUUCACGAUGGUGUGAGAGUGGCUGCGGCUGAGUCCAUGCCGCUGCUGCUGGAGUGCGCCCGGGUUCGGGGACCAGAGUACCUCACCCAGAUGUGGCACUUCAUGUGUGACGCGCUCAUCAAGGCCAUCGGCACGGAGCCUGACUCGGACGUCCUUUCUGAAAUCAUGCAUUCUUUCGCCAAGGUGAGUCUCAACGCCUCUGUUCCACCAACAUGUAUCAAAGAAACAAGUCAGGCCUUACCAACCUGGGUAGGGGCAGCUUUUUGCUGCUAAAUUAUCCAGUAAUUU